AUGACUCUCUCUGCUCUGAGGCGCUCCGCUUUAGUGCGCCAGUUCUGCUGGGAUCGAUCGAUCCCAGCUCACGGAUAUCGACCCCUCAUGGUCGCGGGGCAGCCUAUUCUAACGGAGGAUCGAUCGAUCCUAGCCUGGGAUCGAUCGAUCCCAGGUGGGGAUCGAACGAUCCCAGGUGGGGAUCAAGUGGCCAUGACUCAGGAUCGAUCGAUCCCAGGUGGGGAUCGAUCGAUCCCAACCUGGGAUCGAUCGAUCCCAAAGGGGGGUCGACCGAUCCCCUUCACCAGGAGUGCUUGGAGAGAAGCGCAGAGCUCUGUAAAUUGUGUCUUCGGCUCUUGGGGGGCCUUUCUUGCUGCAGAGCCAUUCAAUGAGCUCUUCUUCGUUAUCAACAACGACGCGGCUGGCGUUUCGACUGACGCACCCGCAGCCCAGCAGCAGCAGCAGGAGAAGCAGCAGCAGCGGCAGCAGCAGCAGCAGCUGCUGCUGGCGCCUCGGCUGGUAGCCCCGGAUCAGCUCGAUGUAAUCCUCAAGAGAGGCAGCAGAUUGCUGCACCGCAAGCUGGAGGCCGAGCUGUCGAUACACUGGAGACAGGGGAAACCCGAACUGCCAGACGAGACAAAGAAGCAAAUCGAUCGCUGGCUGCACAGGGAGCCGCUACCUGAAGAGCUGCAGACUUGGUCUCGCAGCAAAGAUUUCUACAAGAUCCAUGAUGAGAGGCAUCAGUUUAAAUUAAGACUACGAAAAGAAAGAAAAAAAGCAGAGCUGCAGCGGCGUCUCCAGGUAGCAGCAGCAAAGCGGAUGGAAGAGAAGCAGCAGCAGCUGCAGCAGCAGCAGCAGCUGUUGCAACAGCAGCAGCAAAGGUAA